AUGGGAAUUACAAAAUCAAAAUAAUAUUUACUUACAACCUAUGAAUUAUAGGAAUUUGCUGAUUAAGCUAAUAUCUAGUUAGAAGAUGUGCAAUGUUUAUAUAAAAUAUUUUAAAAUCUCAGUAGUCUCAUCAAAGAUGAUGGAGUUAUUGAUUUCAAUGAAUUUCAUAGAGGAUUUCAGAAUAAGUACAUUGAUUAACACUUAUUUAAAGAUCACAAGAAACAACGAAUCUCAUUUUCACAAGAAUUGAUCUCAAUAAUGAUAGAGUUUUAAAUUUCAGAGAGUUUCUGUUUGGAUAUGCAACAUUUCUAAGUUAAAAUAAGGCUGCUUAAAUAAAAUAUCUGUUUAAGUUGAUUGAUAAUAAAAAUGAGAAUGUAAAAUUAACUAUUAUAAUAAGGUAAUAUCAAAAGAAAAGAUUACAGAAACACUUAAUUGUUUAUUACCUAAUUUUCCAUAGAUUCAACUAACUAAGGAAGAAGUUGAAGAACUUAUUUUUUAAGAAUUAGAUUUUAUUUUUAUGAAAUCAAUGCCAACAUUUAAACAAUUUAAUGAAGAUUUAAUUGAUGAAGUAUAGAAAGAAAAAGAAAAAUAGAAAACAUUAGAUUAUCAAUAAUUUUACUUUUUUUUAUCUGAAAAUUCAUAUAUUUUAGAAUGGCUUAAUCUUCCAAAGAUCUUUCUAAAAUCAAAUUGA